AUGGAACAACAACGUAAAUCACGACGACUUCAAAUAUUUGCGCAAAUAAGAAUGGAAGAGCAUACACAAAGUAUCAAAUGCGUUAUAGUAGGCGAUGGUACUGUUGGAAAAACUUGUAUGCUAAUCACAUAUGCAACAAAACUAUUUCCAACUGAUUAUAUUCCAACAGUAUUUGAUAACUACGCUGUGACAGUAAGUAUUGAUGGAAAACCAUGUGUAUUAGGUUUAUUUGAUACAGCUGGGCAAGAAGAGUUUGAUCGCCUUCGUCCAUUGAGUUAUCCUCAAACAGAUGUGUUUUUAGUAUGUUUCAGUAUUAUUUCAUAUUCAUCACUCUCUAAUGUUCGAGAAAAGUGGGCACCUGAAAUAAAACAUUAUUGCCCAAAGACACCAUUUAUACUUGUUGGCACACAGAUCGAUCUUCGAAAUGAUCCAUCUACACUAGAAAAACUACAGAAAUCAAACGAACGACCUAUAACACAAAAGCAAGCUGAAAAAUUAGCUCAUGACAUUAAAGCUGCGCAAUACGUUGAAUGUAGUGCACGAAGUCAAGAAGGAUUAAAACAUGUUUUCGACGAGGCAAUAAUGAUCGGACUAAAAAAUAGUGCAAGACGUGCUAAACCGGAAAAACCACCUUGCAAACUUUUAUAA